AUGCCACCGUUUUUGCUCCGACCCUCGGGCCUUCGAGCCGGACCGAGGUUUAAAUCAUUCGCUUCGUGCAGGUUUUCCGGCGGAAGGGCGGCAUCAAGCCUCGCGUUCGGUCCAACUCAGCCACCACUUCUGACCGACACAAUCCCCGAGCAUUUCGCAUCGAUAGUGUCUAAAUAUGGAGAUCGCCCGGCGGUGAUAUGCCGGUCGCCGUCAACGGGCGCGGAAGCCUUCCCAGCCCCGGCUCCAGUCCGCAUCCCGCAUGCACAGGAGACUGUUCUCUCGUACGAGGAGCUCGAUCUCAGGUCAAACUCCUUGGCGCACUCUCUGCGGUCUCUUGGCGUCCGAAAGGGCGACCGUGUGGCUGUCAAGCUCGGGAACUGCCCGGAGUUUGCUGCACUCACAUAUGCCGUCUUCAAGUUGGGUGCCAUACUGGUGCCCUUGAAUCCGGCCUUUGGGGCCCCGCAGAUCGCUGCCGCCCUGUCCCACUUGAAAGCCAGCGUCCUCAUCGUGGGUGCAGUGACUGAUUUGGCGUACAAGCCAUGUCGAGGGCGUGAUAAUCUUGCCUUGAUCCAAGCUCUCGUUCCGAAUCUCCAAGAAAGCGAGCUUGAAUGUCCUGAUAUGCCCACUCUGCGACGAAUCAUUGUGGUCGAUAACACCCCAAGCCAUCCGGGCGUGCCUCAGUUUCCACUUCCUUCACAUCGCUCUCUGACACCUUACUCUUUGCUUCACGACGUUUCGUUGGUGCCGAAUUCCUCCACCCGCAGACCUAUCGUCCCAGAUGAGCCUCUGCGCGCAGAUGAGACCAUCAACAUCCAAUUCACUUCAGGAACGACUUCGUUACCCAAGGCGGCCAUGUUGACACACACUGGAAUACUUAACAAUGGCGCCCUCAUCGCCUCACGCAUGAACUUGACGCCUGCCGACAAGAUUGUCUGCCCGCCACCAUUGUUUCACUGUUUCGGAUGUGUGCUCGGCUACAUGGCAACUGCAACCACCGGCGCAUCCAUCAUAUUUCCCUCCCCAGCCUUUGAUCCCAAAGCUACACUGCUUGCGGCAUCCGAGCAUCGCGCCACGGCCAUAUACGGAGUGGCCACCAUGUUCGUUGCGAUGCUGGAACUGCUAGCAUCCGGCAAGGUAUUGUCACCUGACCAAGCGGCCGCGCUACCUACGCAUCUCCGAGGCGGCAUCGCAGCAGGCGCAUCGGUACCAGAGGCACUGAUGCUGAGGCUGUUUGAAAAGCUCGGAGUCCCAGAGCUGGUCAUCUGCUACGGGCAGACAGAAACGAGCCCAGUAAGCAUAAUGACGACGCCGUCAGACCCACUUGAAAAGCGUACCUGCUCUGUGGGCAAGGUAAUGCCCCAUACCGGAGUGAAGAUUGUCCAACCGGGUGAUCGGACGAAGAUGGUACCUAUAGGAGAGAAGGGAGAAAUAGCGACAAGCGGAUACCUCGUCAUGCAGGGCUACUGGGGCGACGAGAAGCGUACAAAAGAGGACAGGUUAUGGGCAGCCGACAACGACGAUGGACUCGGCGCCCACGUGGAGCCGCUGGGGAUAGGGAAGACGGUUCCAGAAAAGGAGGAGCAGGCGCGGCGCAACGGCCGCGUGUGGAUGUUUUCGGGCGACGAAGGCGUCAUGGACAAGGACGGCUACGUUGCCGUCACGGGACGGAUUAAGGACCUCAUCAUCCGCGGCGGCGAGAACAUACACCCACUCGAGAUCGAGAACUGCCUUUUCCAGCACCCCCUCGUGGCCGAGGCGAGCGUGGUCGGUGUCACAGACGAGCGUUACGGCGAGGUCGUCGGGGCGUUUGUAGUCCCGCACAAGGGGGUCAAGGUGGUCGAGGACCGACACGAGGCGCCUCCCAAGGGCGGGGUCGCUGAGCAAGAGAAGGCUGGGCAGGUCAAGAGGCUGGCGGACAAGGUGCUGACCAAGAACGACCUCAGGGACUGGGUGAAGACGAGGCUAUCUGGGCACUUGAGCCCCAGGUACGUCUUUUGGGUAGACGAUUAUCCCAAGACGGCAAGUGGGAAGAUUCAAAAGUAUAAGCUUAGGGAGACAGCCGCGCGGCUUGUCAGCGAAGCUUGA